AUGUCCAAGGAGGAGCUCGGAAAAUCUGUAAUUUCUACCCCUAAGCGAGACGACGAAAAGUAUCCUGGUCGCUUUCAUAUAGAAGUCUGCCCCGGGAAUCUGGCGAGUUAGCCUUUAGAAUAGGCGUAAUUUUCAGACGAGUUAGCUGAAGCCGAGAUCUGCAUAUUUGUAAUAAGAAAAAACAAAAAUGUUUUUACCUCAUGCCCUCUCCACUUAGCCGUCUUGAAUAGUCCUGUAGGCAAUAAAACGGAAUUCUGUAAAUAUAAACCGCAUUUAUAUUUCACCUACUAGCAUGGUCCCACGUGAGCGUCAUACCUUAUUUGCUACUGAUCCCCUCGCGCGACCUCUCAAGGAAGUAGACUGUGACGCAGACUGCGAGCAGUCUCUUAUUUUUCUUUGCAAAGUUACUGCACGCGAAAGUUCCAAGUACGCGAGCGGCGAAGCCAUGAGACGCGAUAAACGAGGGCGUAAGGCCUACAAAAGGGUCCGCAGUCCGUCGUUUCUCGUCUCGUCCCAAUCAACGUCGUGGUUUGCAAUCGCGCUGGCUGAGAUAAGAACUAGACGGAUUUUUAAGAGAAAAGGCGGACUGUAAGCAGUCAAACGUUUAACUGUAACGAUAAACAGAGCAUGUAAAACGCUCGCACAUUCAACUGACAUAACUCUUUUGCGCGAUUUUAUGGCAGCUCGGGGCCGGGUGGGGUAGGUACUCGACCAAUAUUUGGGUAGAGGUCCUUCAGGGUCAAGCGUUUGCGUUACCCUCGAUCACGCAUACCAUACAGCCCUGCUGCAACACCCGCUACUGCGCAAGAGCAGAGGAGUUUUUAUAAAAUAAGAUCACAACUCUGUCACACAACCAAGGCAUUAGCGAUGCCUAAAAGCUGCCAGUACAGGCCUUGAUUGCUCAAGUUUGAGUUCGAAUGGACGAGAUCCAAAAAGUGCUUCAUUUGUUUGACAUAAGAAGAUAUGCAGACCCAUUUGGCGCUCUGAGUGCUCUUAAAACAGUUCUUAUGGGGCUCUCGUUCAGUGUAGUACUACUGAUCUUACAGCGAUUUCAAGCACACGACGAUUAUACUGAAUAGUAUAAAUUAAGGGUUCUAUCUGAAGCAAUUACAAUGUAGUUCUUUAGAUUUCCCUCGGUCAGUUGUACUUCUUGUUUGUCUAACGCGAUUUAAUUUGCCCUAAGCGUUCGCAUUGGUGUAUUUGAGCUUCUGCACUCGAAAGCUUGAUCUCAGACGUUAAUUCACCGAUUUGGCUAAACUUUUGCAUCGUAAAUUAGUCAUGAUUAGUGCCAUAAUAUCCGUCUGAAAAGUUAACAAGACUCGCGUAUUCCUUACCACUCACCUUAUAAUGUAACUAAGUUCCUUGUAUAUCUGACAUGGCGUCACGUAUUUCUCUAAAACUUGUUUCUAAUCCUUUAUAAAACCUAUUUCAAGGUUCAACAACUCGUAUUUGGAGGGCAAAGACCGUUAUGCAUGCAUGACCGUUCACGAUAUGCUAAUUAUCUCCCGGCUGUUUUUUGUUAUUCUUUGUUGUACACGUCAAGGGCUUAAAAGACUAAAAGGCUGAUGAAGUUUGAAUUUGUUGAGCCAACAGAAUGAAAUAAAGACAGUAUAAAGAGAUCCCACCCGCAAACUAAAAAGCGUUUUUCUGAUAAAUCAAACGAAUGUCGCGUGGAUUUCAAUUGGAAUUUUAAGAACAGCUUAAUAAUCCCGGCCUGACCGAAAAAAAAGUUACUAUAAGCUAAAGCUGCUACUUGAGGUACGACGUAAAUAUGAUACAGAGUAACAUUUCACCGACAUUUAUUUGAUAUGAACUUUUGACUAAAAGUUAGUUCAUUGAGUAAACAAGGACUGAGAAUUUAAGCAAACAUUUUAAUAAGUGAACAAAUUAGCUUCAGGAUAACUAGAAAAGUAAAGGAAAAGGCUUUGGGUAAUUUUCUCUGGAGUACGAAGGAUUCGAACAAUAACAGAAUCAACUCUGUUAUUCAUCUUAUUGUCAUGCAGUUCAUAUAUCAUAGCCCUAACCAAACAAAAAUGAUGUGAUACUUGUGCGAUUAGUUGAAGGUGGAGUUCAACCACACAUAUCGUCUAAACAUAUUGCACUCAAACUUCCCAAACAAUGAGGCACCAAAAGGCACAGAGUCAGGUGUCGGCUUUUCAGAAUGGAUGAAAUUUGGUAAAAGUGGGACCAAGAAAUGUUCGUAUUAUAGAGUGGUGUUCGUAUUGAUUCGAUUUCAUAGCGGCAUUAACGUUUGUAACUUACACUGGGGGCACUUUCAACUACUUAAUUUCCUUAUUGACUGCUGAAUAUUUUCCUACCUUUAUUCUAUCGUGUCCUCUUUGUGACUUUGCGAUUUCUUGAUCAGGGGAAAAGGCUUCGCCAUUAUGGUGUCCGUUUUGAAACGCUCCAGGCGAAAUUGAGUCGUCUGACAUGCUCCUUGUCAGGCAGGGUCAAUUUUACGCUACAAAUACACACAUUACCAAAGAAAUAUUUCAGCACAACUGUUAACAGCUGAUAAAUGUAUUUUAAAUAUUUACCUCGCUCAAGUUCCUCGAAACUAAGCAACACGUUCCUAUUUCAGUCAACCAGAUAGCGAAAACCACUGCAAAAGUCUGCAAACUUAGAGUAAAAAGUUUCUAAAUCAUCCGACGGCAAAAAGAGUCAGCUUCUCGCGCGGGAUUCCGUUAAAAUUCAAAUAAGUUCAUGGUUUACGGUCGACGCGCUGAAUUCACUUUGAAUUGAAAUGAAUCUGUAAACUUGCCCUCAGGGGCAGUAUGCCUAAACUGCUUUUGUGUUAGCAACCAAUAGGAAAACGCGCCAUUGAAAAGUGUGGUAACCCCUGGGUUGGCAAGCGGAUGAAUUACGACUUGUAAUAAUUAAAAAUUUGUAAGUACAAGCAGGAAAAGUUCUAAUGUAAAUUUUAGUUUACAAGGAUGUCAUUAAUAGUUUUGUUAUUGUGGCACGAGUGCUUCUUUCUUACGAAAUAAGUUGAUCUUGUACAAAAAAAAAAAAGGAGAGAGUUUGGCGCGAAAAAAAAAUAAUGACAAAAAGUUCAAAUGACAUUUCAGCGCGCGUGCUAACUUUUAAUACUGAAAUGACUCAGUUCAACUCCCCAUUCGGAUUUUUUACCAUGUGAAUGUUUCGGAUAAUUCUUCUUACCGUAUUUUCAGCACUUCCAAAAUCUACGCAAGGGUUAUUUUGCGCCCUUUUUACCCACAAUAUAAAUUUUCAUAAGUUUGGCAUAUGAAAGGUCCUUGGCACUUCCCGAUUAAAACAAGGUAAGAGACCGAGUUAAGUAAGUGUCACCGAAUCACCUCUAAACCGGCAUUAACCUCAGCUGUCUCUCGUUAAAGAAAUAAACUUCUCAAAACAGGCCCGCGAUAAAUACCAUUCAACGUUCUCCAAGUAUAACAAGACUGAUUCAGUGUCCGUGACCGUGUGAAAAAUUAUAAAGACUGUUUAAUAACAACCGUAUUACAUACAUACCUGCAACCCAGCCUGAAACCGUGAGAUAAAUGUCGUGUCACUGCACCACCGGUAUUACUGGUGAAGUGAGAAAAUCAAAACAAUCCUGUCGGCGUUUUCAGAGAGAAAGUUGAAGAUCCGUGAAGUGGAUUUCGGACGAAGGAAAACAAAAAGAAGAAGAAGACUUUCGGGUCACCAAUGCAACACCGGUCGAAUCAGCUUGGCUUCAAAAGUACCAGUUAAAAAGCCACGCCAAUAUUUGUUUAGUGAAUAAAGCAACGGACUCGAGAAACUAACAAAAGUGGCCGAUUUUAAAUAUGCAUGGAUAUACUUGAAAGUUUACAUUUUAAAAGACUGAGACGAAACUAGAAAAGUUAAAUAAACUACUACAUUAUUCAAAACCCUAAAUAAGAUAUAUUGUACCAAAACUCUCUAGUUGCAGAAAGUUCUUUCAAACAUUUCUAUUAACAUUUGAAGUUCAAUUGAGGCUUAUAUAUAAGCACCUGCCUUAUCGUGUCUAUGUAAACAAAAUUUAAAUCCGUAAACUUCCCGCGGGAUAUUGUCAUAUAAUUAUGGGCUAUAUAAGUGCAGCUGCCACCGUGAAGCAUACGCUUUUCAAGCCGAGUUUUGUCUGGGAUCACUCGCAUGGCGCAUAGGAAACUGAUCAGUUAUUUCAAGAUUUUGGUUUAGGCGAGGGAAACCGGGAAUUGACACUACUCGAAAAGAUGAAAUUGGCAAAUUUAAAAUUAACAGCGACUUGGUGAUGGCUAUCAUUGAAAAUAACGACUGUAGGGUAGGAGGGGAUUUGGGAACUUUAUUCUAGAAUAGGGUAACAAAUUAAAAUUACGCUGAACCGAGGUCUGGUAUAUGCUAAGGGCUCCAGGGUCUUAGCGGCACAUCCUCACCUAAAAAUUCCUUAAGUUUCCCCCUGGGGGAGGGAGGUUGGAUGUAAACUACAUGCACGUAUGGCGGCCCCAGAGACCGCGUGACCAAUUUUUUUUUCUUUUCUGAAUGUGAGUUUCUUUUUCAUUGAACAAAACUGAGUCCGGCUGCCACAGCAGAUAAUAGUAAUAAUAAUAAUAAUAAUAAUAAUAAUAAUAAUAAUAAUAAUAGGUGUUAAUGAUAUAUGAAAUAAAUCAUAAUAAUAAUUUAUUCAUAUAGCGCAAUUUUCUUUAGAGCCCAAUGGCGCUACGCAACAAAUGUUAAAAAGAAAUAAUUCACUGAUGGUUAAUUAAAGUAUUAUAGUAAAUGUUAAAAAGUAUUACAAUAAGUGCUUCAAAACAUAAAAAUUGAUAAUUAAAUUAUCUUGCUCUAGACAGACUUCAAGUGAAACUGACUAAAACUUGAAAGGACUAAUUCGCUAAUUUGAUAUAAAUGUUCCCAUAAAAAGAUUAAGUCUGCGUUUUUUUCUUAGUCAUUAGACGCAAGAUCUAAUUUCAAGAGGCAUGUCGUUCCACAGCUGAGGAGGUGCCACUGGAAAAGACGUAAUGUACGUAUCACAGAUAUUUUUUUGGUAUUUUGGUAUUUUGUGGUCCAUAGCUCUAAUCCGUAUAAUAACCUUUACUCAAGUCAUGAUGCGUAAACUAAAGAAAACCAGGCCCUGAUUGUCCUUUUUCCUUCGACGGAAAAAGUGAAGUCAUUUCAGAUUGCGCAAGAAAGCAUCUGGCGCUUUGAAAGUAUCCGUUCAAACAAAUGUUCGUUGCGUUUCAGAAUAGAAAUGUGGAUUGCAAGUGUUGGUCUUAUAUCUUAGUGAGAGGGAACCGAGACCGAAGUACCCGGUGAACACCCCUGGGGGAUCGGAACCAGAACCAGCAACAAAUCAAUCCACAUAUGACCCGGGCCGAUAGGGGUUCGCUACGAGCCCGGUGGGGCACACUAGUAGAAGUUGGCUUCACUUGACUGGCAGUGUAUUUCAGUUUGAACCUUUCAAAGGGGAGAGAUGAAUGAUAACUUUCUCUAGGUUAAAAAAUUAAGUUAACUUUAAUUUAAUGGUAACGUAGCCUGCGUGGCAGGCGCUUGGAAGUAGUGGGCACACGCACAGCGAGAAGGAGACACGCGAGGGGAGAGGGAGCUCAAUCACCCCUCGCGUGUCUCCCUCACGCAGGCCCGUUCUCUCUUUCGCCCACUACUUCCAAGCGCCUGCUACGCAGGCUAAUGGUAACGCGGCUCUCUCUUGGAAGACAAGCAGGUAGCGUAAUUUUUCAUUAAGAGUUCAAGAGGCGGUACUUUAACUCUUCGCUGUCUGAUUAAGGCCAUUGGUUGCCUUUACAUNAGAGGAAGGUGGGUGAAAAAAAAAUAAAAAAAAAAAAUAAACAAAAAAAGAAAAAACAACCAGAAAAAAAAAAAAAAAAAAAAAAAAUGGAGAUGAUACAAAAAAAACAGAGUAUUAAAAAACUAGGCCGGCAAAAAAAAUUUAAAAUCCUUGUGGGGGGGACCCCCCCCUUUAAAUUAAUAUAAACGGGACCGCGGGGGGGGGGGGGGGGGGGCAGAAAAAAUGAAGCCAAGUAACCCCCCAUGUGCCGCUGGCCUCUCAGAAUCCCUACCCCAUAAUAGUCUUUUUCUGUGGCCAUAUUAUAGACCCCAUCUUAGCCACUUUAUGAAAAAAGUAAUUUUUGCAAUCUCAACUUAGUCCCUUUCUGUUUAUGCAUCUACCUUAUCUAGCCUUUUACUUGGUCAUCCUGAAAUGACUGUGACACAUUUGUUAAACUUAAUGUGCUUUAAAUCCCUACAUACCUGAAUUUUCAGACCCCCAAAAUCCUGAAAAUGUGCGACCCCAUUCUAGUAACUCUUAUAAAAAUGCAACCGCCAUAAUAGUCAAUCCAGUCGUGAAAAUGCGACCCCAUCUAGCGGCACAUGCCCAUUAUCCCACUACUAGGAAGUACCACCCCUCCCCCCGGAUCUACCAAACAGAAAAGAGGACGGCCCUAGACAUGCCAGAAAAUCCCGCUGUCUUCAUAAAUCGCGCUAAUCCGUCGAUAAUCCGAGUGGAAUGCUCUUCAAUGCUUUUGUCCAUAACUGCUUGGCAUAAAGUGAUUAUAACAUCGUAGCUUAGGCUGCGCCAACAAUUCAAAUGCAUAGUUUCGUCAAGUUUCCCCUCAGAAAAAGGAUCAGUGAAGUCAGAUGCUGAGCAAACUCGAAACAAAAAUGAGACAAAAUUAUAACUAGAAAGAAGCUGGGCCAUGCACGCGUAAGUAAUAUUCUAAAUACUUAUCAAAGGUUCUCAUAGCUUCAGCGCGCGUAUCACGACAUUUUCAGUUCACCAGUUUUUAAUGAAAAUCGCUUUUUUGGAAGCCUCGGUCAAAGCGAGCUUAAGAACUGUAAAAAUUCUAAGGACAGCUUGAUAGCAAAACUGUUAGUAUUUUAGCACCUUUUUCUUUUCAGCUACACUUUUCGAUGACCGGUUGAUUAGAGUUCCUAUUUAGUCAUAGAACUAUCUGCAAAAAUUUUCCCGAUUCGCUGUACCAUAUCUUAUGUCUUCAUGAUUACUUCUAGACUGAUCGUCCGACAAUGGAAGGAUUGGGUUUAAAAAGAUUUUACAGGUUGAAGGUUCUGAAAAGGAUUUUAAGGCAUUCAGAUUAAGAAUGAUCCGUAUUAUUUUUUGCAGUAUGUUUGUAUUUAAACGCUAAACGCCGAGAUUAAAGAGGACUGGAAGCCUUAUUACGUGCGCAGGUCCUACGUAUUAAAUUAAUCCUACUACAUGUACUAGAAAGUAUGAACGCUCUGAAUUCCUCUUUAAUAUUAAUAUUGAUGAAUUUAUUUUCGAUGAACUGCAUCGACUGAAAGCAGAAACAAAGACCAUAAUAGAAGGGCCGUGCUCCUAGAUGAAAGGCACGAAGAUAAGAAUGCUUACAGCUAAUGGGUGUUUUCCGAAAUAAAGCCUCUGGAAAGUCUCUAGUUUCUUUCUCUAUUGCUAAGGGCCGGACUUUGUCAUGCUAUUUGUUAUCCUUUUAAAAAGCUAAAACUUUUCAUUUGUUUCGCAUCAACUGAAUUCCAAAAAUUUGAUGUCCAGUUUUGUCAUUUAACAUGCAGUUCAGCCCAGCCAACUCUUUAUAGCAAGAAGGUCGUCACUGCAGUCGGUUACCUCUGAAUGUCAUCGGGUUCGACUCCUGUUGGAAAAACUCUAGGUUUUUUUUUUCGUCCUUCCUUCUUUUCUUUUCUUUUCUUUCUUUUCCUUUCUUUUUUAAAAUAUAUUCCUCUAUCGUGAGAGAAGCGAUAAACGAAGCAAGCCUUUAUACGCAUACCACGAUGAAUAAUAUCUUUCAUCACAGGCUUCUGUGGUUGAAGUGGAAGGCUGCCAAAGGCACACUUAGGGACGGAGCAUUAGAAAACUUAUGGCGGGGGGGUGGGGGGGUGGAGUCGAGUUACAAAAAAAAAACUCCGGAAAGGCAAAAAACAGCGACAGGCACACCCCCUAAACCACAGCCCAACCCAACCCCCUGAAGUACAAAAAAAAUAUUCGCGGAAGGGAAAAUUAAAUGAAGAAAAAAUUCAUGUACGCUAAAUAACCCUAAAAAAUAUUCAUGCUAUGGCCUAAAAAAAAAAUUUCAUUCAAGGAAUUUGAUGACGAAAAAAAAUUCCUGCGGCUCGAAAAUUCCCCAUCCCCCCUCCCCGCCCCCCAUAACUUUUCUAAUGGUCCGCCCUUAUAGGGAAAUUUCAAUAAUCGGUAAGAAUUGCGUAUGAAAAAAAGUCUGCAACAAGGGGAAAUCGAGAAAUACUUCCACAAAAGUUACGUGGGACAGGUAUUUACAUGCCAUAGUGGUUGGUACCAAAAGAAGAUGAAUUAUCCCACAUUAGAAAAAUAAUAGCAAAAAUAAUUGUCACCAGGAGCGGCUCUUGUUGUCACUUACAAAGCGCAAUUUACCACAUGCAUUCGCAGUAGCGCUACUAAUAACCAUAUGGAAAUCAAUUCUGGAAACUAUUGGGCUAACAAGUUUUUAAAAACCACAAUUCCAAUCCGUUUCAAACUUCUUCCAAUUUUUCUAACCGUCCGGCACCUUUUUCACAUGUUUGCUGUGUUAUCUAUACCUUCCUUGCUGAAUUUUGAUAAUUUUCAAUUAAGGCAUGAAAAAAUGGUGAAAAUAAAAAGGCGAGAGUCAAUACUAUUUUCAAUUCCAUGGCGCUGCCACCCAUGGAAAGAGGAAUGCGUACUGUGCUCUUUAGUUAUAUUUUUAGAAAUUCAGUAAUUAAUACCUAUAAGAAGAAAACAAAAAGGUUGUGACGUGCUAAGUGUGUUAGUAACUAAUAGCCCAUUUUCGAGUUCGCUAUGACUGCUGAAUUAAAGAAGUGAAGACGCAUUUUUUACAGCCUUAGCCUCAAUCUGAAGUAAUAUAUUCACAAAUUCCAACGAGAGAAAGACCUUUUUAUUACUCUGUCUAUUGCGUAUACUCAAAUUUCAAACACUUACUUACAAGAAUUUCUGAAUAUUUUACGUUACGUCUAGGCUAACCGUGUAUGAAUGUGUCGUUAAUAUUUGUAUUCAGCAGUAAUUUUUAAUUCGUAACUGGACUAUUACUACUGAACACGUUUCUAUGACCGCACCCUUAACUAAAGACGACGGUUAGUUAUACUCAGGAAAAUAAAGAUUGUGACGUGCUAAGUGAGUUAGUAACUAAUUACUACAUGUUUCUAUGACCGCACCUUUAAAUGAAGAAGCUGGUUAGUUAUGCUUAGGAGUCCCAUGAACCUGUUUAUUGUGUUAAGCUGUUGGGGUGCAAUUUUCUAGUGAUUUGUGGUAAAACGUUAUUUGAAUGAUUCUUAAUUCUGAAGGAUUUUUAGUAUUGAGUAUAUAAUAGAAAAACCCAGGUUGUAAGUUUUCAGAUUGAGCCUCUUUUGAAAUUUGUAUCUUUUAAUAUUUAUAAUUAGUUAGUAAUCUGAUUUAAUUUUUGGUAAUCUGAUUUUUAAUUUUAAAUAUUUUAAGCUAUUUAGGGUUCCCAAUUAGCAACCCCAUUUUCACAAGGAGCUUCAUUCCUUAGACACAUAACUAAAACUAAAUCAGGGACUGAAAGCAUCCUUUACUAAGAGAUUAAAAUCAGUAUUACCUAAAUUGAAUUAAAGUCCGUUUGUCAAUUAUUAUUUAUAGAGCAACUGUCACCUGCAAAAGUUACAUUACCGUCCCCGAACUGACUCAAACAACUUAAGAUUGCACCAAUCACUAAAACAGACUUUAAGGGCCAAAUGACAAGACUCCACGCCUUUACGACCAAUAUAAAAGUUAAGUCUUUCUUGACUGAACUUUUAUUUGCAUCUAUGUCGCAGUUACGCAUCGCUCGGGCAUCGAUUUUUCCUUUCUUGCAGCUAUGUUGCCGGCCGCUUUAGAACAGUUAGACCUAUUUAUUUGCAACUAGCGGUGAAACAUAACAAUUGGCUGUGAGUCUAAUUCCAAAUGUAUUAGGUUUUCAACGAUUGUACUGUUUCAUCUUAAGGCCAGUUAAGGAAUUGCGCGGUACGAGUCUCGAUACCGGACCCUUUUUCCGACAACUGUUCAUCAGUUCAGCAAAUGUGGAACUUAGGGGAGGGGAGUUGUUAUUUCGUAUUCAUAUAUUAUUAUUAAUAUUUACUAAUUAACUGCUGUUGAAAAGGGAGUUUACAAAGCUGAUUAUCUUGUAACGGGACUAACCUGCCAGAAUCGUCCGUAAACAUCAAAACGAUAUAUCACAGAUGUAUACAGAUGAAACACUGUCAUGCAUCGAAGUAAAUCUUAAGUGAAUACUGAAAUAAUUGCGAGAAUGAACCAAUGUGGAGGAGGUUAUAGGCCGUGUCACCCUUUACAAAUGAUGCUUUAUUUGUGCUUUUUUUCUGUUAGACAGAGUCAAAUUAAAUUGGGAUUAAAACCUUUAAAAGAGACAAAUUUGGGCUAGUCUCAGACUUGCUUUGAUAGAUCAAAAGGCCGACACUGAGCUAAAUAAGUGCUCAUCAGUGUUUUUAACUGCGAUAAUAAAGACCUUCUAAUUGAAUUCUUCCCCCUUAAUCUUUCCUUUUUCCUCACAUUCCUAAGCGAUACCAGUCUAAUAGGUAACAGUUAACAUACCCUUAAGGGUUUCAAACUCUGCAUUACGACAAUCAUCCCAGUUCCUCUUUCAUUUCAGUGAUAUUCCCCUUUUCAGGGCACUGGUCAAUUAAAUUACAACUUAUUGUAUUAAUUUACGAGUCUUUGACGUCUAUGGUCAUUGAAUCAGCUAUAUAAAGUAACUCGCACUUUUACAUAGUUCCUAUGACUUGAUCUAAUCGCGCUUUUUCGGGUUUUCCAUGCGGCCCUCAUGGGCGCUUUGUGGCAAAGCAACAAUUACUUGACCUUACUUCUGGUUUUAAAUUUGAUAGAAAACAUUACAGCUUUCACGAAUUUCGGAGGCUUUGACUGGGCUUACCUUAUGGAAAAACCGCGCAAGUAAUUCCCGUGAGAACUCAGUGAACAGUUCAUCCAGGUAGAAAUAUUUCGGUAAAAGGUAUUUCCUGCUUUACCGUGACGACCGAGAUUUUCUGUUCCAUCUGUGGGGAUUAAUAGGGUCAGACUUCCUCUGAGCGAAAGCGAUACUCCCCUUUACCGGUAUUUUCUCGCCUGAAAAGCUACUCGACGUUUUUUGGUCAAAGUUGAGAAAAUUUUCGUAGGUGAAAAAGGAAAAGAAAAUCGUCCACAGUGCAAAUGACUUCCUGUUGACAGAAUUUUUUCACAAAUCAAACAAAAUGUUGCGUAGCGCAAGAUUGCGCAAAAAUUGGCUUCAACGGAGGAACGUGUUCCUGCACGAUGGCCAGUGGCGCAAUCAGAUGGAGCUCCUGAAUUCUGUCACGAUUGACGCAAGAAUUGAAGCUCCGGGAGGGUACUCUCUUACAAUUGCCUUAUAGGUAAAUGUCGCCCCAAAGGGUAUGGUGUUUGCGUCGUUUUGGUCCGAAAACGGGUAUAGACUUUACUUAUUUUGGUCGGAAUCGAGGGAAUUCGGGAAUGCAAGGCCACAUUUGUCGUUUCAAUUCGAAAUGAAUAAGAAAGAAAGAGUAAUAGGCAGAUUCGAAAUGGCUUUUACGAAAUCUUUUUCUUGGCUUUCUAAUCUAGGUAAUGAUAACAUAAUUUCUGCCUACACCAGGUCUGAAAACGGGUGAAGAAAAUGACCAUUUUUUGUCUGAAAUAGGGUCAGGAUUUGGAGAACCGGGCAUCACGCCCCCACAAAGAAUUCCCAGGAAUACCUCUCCCCUUUUUUUGUCUUUUUAAACUAUGGAAAGUAAAAAAAAUUUUUCCCCACCGCCGGGUGAAAAAAGGGGGAAAAAAAAAGCCCUUUUUUUUUUAAAAAAGGGGCGGGAUUUGGGAAACCGGGGCCCACCCCCCCCCAAAAAAAUCCCAGGAAAACCCCCCCCCCCCCCCCCCCCCCCCCCCGAAAUUCAAGGGAAGCCAGAGAAGCCUCCGAGCGAUAAAUCAUGACAUGCACUUUUCAAGGAAAGAUAAAGAAACGAUUCACCAGCAUGAGCUGUCUGAGUUUUAGAACACUGGAAUAUUCGAUUCUGGGGGCCACCUGUUUUGUUAAUUAACCUGCAUCGGGAACCUAAGACGGGGCGGGUUUAAUUUUUUUUUUUCAAUAGAGACCUUCAAGUUCAUUCACAUAUGCUGAACAGAUGGCCCUUCACUCUAAGGAGGUCGUUCGAAAAGCAACGCUUUUUGCCCACGAUAAACCCAAAUUCUAUUCUUCAGUUAGGUUUCCGUGAUUCAAAAGACUUCAACCGUGGUUAA